UGUCAUGACUCUAACGUGAACGGUUAAAACUCAGCGUUACAUUUCAGCUUGUGAAUUAAUGUUAUACCUUUGAGUUUGUUGAAUAUGGUAUGAACAUAGUUUAUGUCGUGAUUUGUUUUCAUAACCAUUAGUUACGUUUGACCUGUACGCUUAUUUUCUACGCUUGUUGUGGCUGUAACCUUGGCCUGUAAGUUACUGCAGCUGUAGAGGAACUGCUGGCUGGACUGUCUGGACACCGAAUAAGAAACAUGUCGGGACUGUGUCGCAGUGUGAACUCUUCAUCAGUCAAGAUCCUGACAGAAGCUGCACUUUCACCUUGUCCUUGGUUUGUGUCCGUACGCAGCAAGUUUACAAAAGCAAGAAUCCCAAAAGAGCUUUUCGCUGAGAGAUCACAAGAACAUGAGAAAUAUGGUGGUGACCCAGAACAACCACAUAAACUCCACAUAGUGACACGUGUUAAAAGUGUGAUGCGAAGGCCGUACUGGGAGAAAGAGAUUGUGAAACAUCUCGGGCUUCAAAAGUCACAUGUCCCCGUGAUUCACAAAAAUACACCUGCAGUCAAUAACCAAUUGAAAUUUGUCAAGCACCUUGUGAGGAUCCAACCACUGAAGACUCCCUACGGUCUCCCUGCUGAACAGGACAUGGCAGACACCUACAUUAACACCAAAGGAGAGCUGAUUGUACGUCGCCUCCUCCAACCUGUAGACCCCAAGGCUAUCGAGUCCUAGCUCCGCUCCCAAUCCAAUGAAUAAUUCAAUUGUACAUAAAUAUGUAAAAUCCUGUUUUCCAUAGCAACCAGUUCUGAUUGCAUGGUGCUUAGAAGAUGCUCUGGGAUCAGCCAGAUGUGGCGGUUCAUAUUCUUUAUUAAAACCUUGAUGUGAAUUAAAGACUUUUUGAAAUUAAA